CCCAGCUAGCAAGCUCAGUUUGCUUAUUUUUCAACUCUCAGUGCCUUCGUUCUCUUCCCUCCUUAAAUAGUUUGCUUACUUCUCAACCAUGAUCACCCGUCGAUCCAUGGAGAUCAAAUCAAGAGGGAAUUUUCAAAUAACAUAGUAGGAGAACAUAGGAUAGAGUCCCAAGUUAAGGGAUCUCUCCACUAUGCAUCAACAUUAUUAUUCUUAGCCCUAGUUCCUGGACCUCAUGAUGGACGCCGUCUUCCUGCUCAGUGAAGUAGAGCGUGACAACUUUCUCCGAUAUUUCAUGCAGUGUUUUGGCAGCACUUACAUCUGUCUUUGGUCUUAUUUACCUCAACCAUCUAACUAUUUACUCUUCUGGGAUGGAUAUUACCAUGAGGAAAGCAAUCAGCCCAGCUCUUCUUCAGGGAGUGUUGCCAGGAUGCUUUUCGAUCAGUAUCGACAGGGACGAUUCUUUGCUGUAAACGACCGUGUUCCCGGAGUUGCAUUCAAGAACAAAAUUCCCUGCAUAGAACUAAAGGAAUUUGAGCUUCAAAGAUCGGCGUCUGCGGAUGCACAGAGGCGAUUUUAUCAGGAAGCAAGGAUUAAGACUGCAGUCUUCAUGGGGUGCGAUAGUGGGGAAAUUGAGUUAGGCUGGUCCAAUGCAACUCACCAGUUUAACAUUGAAAAUGAAAUGAGGAAGUGGUUCCCGGAGGACUUCUCUCGGCAAUCUCCAUUAAGAGAACUUCCGCUAGUAGUUGAUCCAAACAAACCCUCAUCAUCUUCAUCCUCCCUGAGAUCACUAUCCAUGGAUAGCCCAGAGAUCUCUUCUCUUAUAUUCACUAUUCCAAGCUCAUCUCACAUACCAGAAGCACAUCGAGAGGCCCCCUCAUUGCUGCCACCAAUAUUGCCAAGCACAAGCAGUCCACUCCAACAUACAUUGCAAUUGUUGCAACCAGUACUGCCGACACCAACGGGUAAUAUUCUGCAACAAGUAUUGCAGUCUUUGCAACAAAAACCUAGCCCACAACAGCUAGCAAUUCAAUCUUCGCAAUCAACACCAAGCACAACUAGUCUACUUCAAGAAGCCAUGCAACCUUUGCAAGCAAUACAAAGCUGCACUAGCCCACACCAACAAGACAUGCAACCUCUGCAAGCAAUACAAAGCAGCACUAGCCCACACCAACAAGCCAUGCAAGCGUUUGCCCUAGAACGAAACAUUCAACUGCCAACUCCAGAGAGUGAAGAUGCUGUAAUGACAAGAGCCAUCCUUGCAGUUUUAACUUUCCCUUCCCCUUCUUCCUCUUCCUCUUCACAUAGUUUGCCUCAUAUGCACCGGGUAUGCCAGGGAGCUAGCGCCUUCAAGAAUUAUCGAUCGGCUCUAGCCCCUUCAACGCAAACAAGAGCCAGUUUACACAGACAAACUAUGCUUAAACGAGUAGUUACAUAUUACAGACGCUUAAAUAUUGAAAGACGUGAACAUAUGCUCGGAGGCCGCCCGACAAGCACACAGUUGCACCAUAUGAUAUCAGAGAGGAAAAGGCGAGAAAAGAUUAAUGAAAGCUUUAAAGCAUUGAGAUCAAUUCUUCCCCCAGAAGCCAAGAAAGAUAAAGCAUCUAUCCUUACUCGAACAAGGGAGUACUUGACAUCUUUGAAGGCUCAAGUUGAGGAACUUAGUCGCCAAAACCAGAAGUUAGAAGCACAACUUUCAAAAGCUGCAGUUGCACAAGUAAGGGAUUCAUCAAACGAAAGACUUGAUGUCCGGGUUACACACAUAUCUGAAUCAACAUCUGAACAACGGAUUAUAGACUUGGUAGUGAAUCUAAGAGGAGAAAGCCCCAUUUUGGACACGGUAAUUACUAGGAUAUUGGAGUUCUUAAGACAAUUCACGGAUGUGAGCUUGAUAUCCAUUGAAGCCAGCACACAUACAGCAGAAUCAGCUUCUUUUAAUCGAGUGAUUCUAAGGCUCAAUAUUGAGGGGAUUGAAUGGGACGAGUCUGGCUUCCAGGAAGCAGUCAGGAGGGUUGUUGAAGAUCUUGCACGUUGACCGUUGGACCAAUCCCUGAAACCUUAUAGUGCCUGAUGAUGCG